AUGGGAAAAAGCAUAAAGACCUAUAGCUUCUCAGAUUUUAUUCCCAGUGUUCAAUUCAUCAAUCCUGCUAAAGAAAUACAAGUUGAGCUUGCAAUACCUGUCUCCACAGAAGAUUUAGCAGCAGUUUCUAUGUUGAAUCCUGGACAGCAAUCUGCAUUUGACAAAAUAAUGCAAAAAGUCAAUACAAAUACAUCAGCUGCAUUCUUCAUUGAUGGUCCUGGUGGCACAGGAAAAUCUUUCCUUUAUAAAGCACUCCUCGCAACAAUUAGAUUAAAAGGUGACAUUGCAUUAGCAACUGCAACAUCAGGAGUAGCUGCAUCAAUACUUCCAGGAGGUCGUACUGCUCACUCGUGCUUCAAGAUUCCACUCCAUCAUGAAGCUAACAUCACAUGCAAUCUUUCUAAACAAAGUGCCAUAUCUCAGCUAAUCAAGACUACAAAACUCAUAAUAUGGGAUGAAGCAGCAAUAGCCAAAAAAUAUGCAAUUGAAUCGUUUGACAGAUUACUCAGAGACUUGUUGAAUUGUGAUCAGAUCUUUGGUGGAAAAAUCAUUGUCUUUGGCGGAGAUUUCAGACAAACUCUACCAGUUGUAAGGAAAGGUCAAAAGGAAAAUUACAUUUCUGCAUCACUUAUUAAUUCAUAUGUCUGGCCUCAACUUGAAAAAAUCCACCUAACUGAGAAUAUGAGAGCAUCUUUGGAUCCAUCAUUUUCAGAUUUUCUUCUAAACAUUGGAAAUGGCACACAGCCAACCAUUGUAGAUGACAAAAUAAAGUUGCCUUCUCAUAUGAUCAUUCCUUUUAUUGAUGAUCAGCCAUCCUUAGACACCCUCAUCAAUGUUGUUUAUCCAUCCUUGUCCAGCUUUCUACCUAGUAAUUCUACAGUUAUUAAUAAAGUCAUUCUCAGCACAACAAAUGAUAUUGUACAUGAAGUCAAUCAAAUGUUGAUCCAGAAGUUCCCUGGAGAAGAAGUCAAGUACAUCAGUUUUGAUCAAACCAUAGAUCCAAGCAAGCAAGCCGAUCAUGGUGACUUCUUAAAUACUAUUCACCCUCCAAGAUUACCCCCACAUGAACUGAUAUUGAAGCAAAAUUGCCCAGUUAUACUCCUAAGAAAUCUCAAUCCUGCAAAAGGAUUAUGCAAUGGAACACGUUUGAUUUGUUUGAAUUUCAACAAAAAUGUUAUUCAUGCUGAAAUUUCUGUUGGAAUUCAUUCUGGUAAACAAGUUUUCAUUCCCCGCAUUCCAUUACAUAGCUCCAAUGAUGAAUCAUACCCAAUACCCUUCAAACGUACUCAAUUUCCAAUUUCAUUGUGUUUUGCCAUGACAAUUAACAAAUCACAGGGACAAACACUUGAUUUUGUAGGAUUAUAUUUGAAAGAACCAGUAUUUUCACAUGGUCAAUUGUAUAUUGCACUAUCAAGAGCUAAAACUGGUGAUAAUGUUAAAAUUCUGCUUAGACCUAUUUCUUCUGAUUCUCUAUCGAAUGAUUGCACACGCAAUGUAGUUUAUCAGGAAAUUUUGACAACUGCAGCUCAUGAUUAA